CACCGCCUGCACGAGCCCGGCCAACAAAACACCGUGCACCGAACACGCACGCUCUCUCUCGCUCUCUCUCUCUCUCUCUCUCUCACACACACACACACACACACACACCCUCCUGUAUAAACGGCAUCUGCCUGUACACAGUCUCUCGCCCUCCCUCUCAUCUCUCAUGUGCGUGCGCUGUCAUUAACGCACACACGUACCGCGGCAGCGCAAGUCAGACGCGCUCGAGCACACGGUUCGGUUCGGUUCGGUUCGGACAUGAUACCGGCGCGGACCCGGAGAUGAGGCUCAGAAAUGGCACCUUCCUAACAGUCUCACUAUUCGGGUUAUGUGGGCUUAUAUCGUUGUCCUGGUACACCGCAUUCAGCAAUUCCAAAGGUAAUGUCGUAGACAUUUACCAGCGAGAAUUUCUGGCCCUGAAAGACCGUCUGCACUCCGCUGAGCAAGAGAACCUCAAACGCUCCAAAGAGCUCAACCUGGUGCUGGACGAAAUCAAGCGAGCCAUCGCUGAGAAACAAGCGCUGCGGGACAUCAACCGCACCUGGAGCAGCCUGUCAGAUGAGACCAAGCUGAAGCUGUGGAACGUGACCAGCAGUAAGAAUGUUCUUCAGCUGCCCAGUAUCUUCCACCAUCUGCCGCACCUGCUGGCCAAAGAGACCAGCCUCCAGCCGGCCGUGCACAUCGGCCAGGGCCGCACCGGAGUGUCGAUAGUGAUGGGGGUGCCCAGUGUGAAGAGAGAGGUGCACUCCUACCUGACAGACACGCUGAGCUCGCUGAUGUCAGAACUGAGUCCGGCCGAGAAGGAGGACUGCGUGAUUGUUGUCUUCAUUGCCGAGACGGAUCAACAAUAUGCAAAUAGUGUUGCUGACAACCUUAAGCGCCUGUUUCCAGUGGAGAUUCAGUCUGGGCUGUUGGAGAUCAUCUCUCCCUCCAUCCAUUUCUAUCCAGACUUCUCUCACCUCAAAGAGUCGUUUGGUGACCCUAAAGAGCGGGUCAGAUGGCGAACAAAGCAGAACCUGGAUUACUGCUUCCUGAUGAUGUAUGCCCAGACUAAAGGGACCUAUUACAUACAGCUAGAGGAUGACAUUGUAGCACGGCCAAAUUACUUCACCACAAUGAAGAAUUUCGCCCUGCAGCAGCCGUCAGAGGAGUGGAUGAUUCUCGAAUUCUCCCAGCUGGGCUUCAUCGGUAAAAUGUUCAAGUCAUUAGACUUGCCGUUGAUCGUGGAGUUUAUGCUAAUGUUCUACAAAGACAAGCCCAUUGAUUGGCUGUUGGACCACAUCAUGUGGGUGAAGGUGUGCAAUCCAGAAAAAGAUGCGAAACAUUGUGACAGGCAGAAAGCAAACCUACGCAUCCGCUUUAAACCGUCUCUCUUCCAGCACGUUGGAACACACUCUUCCCUCGCUGGAAAGAUCCAGAAACUCAAGGAUAAGGACUUCGGAAAGCAGACGUUGCAUAAAGGUCACGCUAACCCGCUAGCUGAGGUCACCACCAGUCUGAAGACGUACCAGCAUUUCACACUGGAGAAGGCCUAUCUGGGAGAGGAUUUCUUCUGGGCAUUCACACCUGUGGCGGGAGACUUCAUACGCAUCCGCUUCUUCACACCUGUCCGAGUAGAGAGAUAUUUCUUCCGCAGUGGAAACAUCGAGCACCCUGGAGACAAGCUCUUCAACACUACGGUGGAGGUUCUUCCUUUUGACAAUAUUCAGUCAGAGAAAGAAGCGCUGAAGGAGGGGAGAGAGAAGACGCCAAAGUACCAGCGCACAGAAGACGGCUUUGUCAGAAUAGGGAAGUUUGACAACGGGAUCGCAGAGGGGGAGGUGGACGCUUCCUUCGGCCCACUGGAGGCUCUGCGGCUCUCAGUACGGACUGACUCUCCUGUGUGGGUCAUUCUCAGUGAGAUUUUUAUCAAGAAAGCAGAGUGACUGGUGUUCAACAAUACCUCAUGACUUCACCGGGUCUCUGCUGCAGGAUGGAGUCUGCUCAGCACCGCCACAUGAGCCCCUCACGCGAGUUUCUUUAGCUUGGUCCAAUAGCUCCAGCUGCUGACGACAAGCUGUUCUAGCAGGUAGAGAAUGCCAAGCGAUGGCACUCAAAGACGUACAGCUCGUGCUGCCAGACGCACCGCAGACGACUGAAGACGCUGUAUUUUGUAAACUGUAUUUAUAUGUAUAUAUAUAUAUAUAUAUAUAUAUGCCCAUGGUUGAGUUUAUGUAACUACACUGGUCUAUUGUCAAGGGCUUCCUGAGCGGUCUCGCCCAUUU